AUGUGGGCUGUAUUGGUUCUUGUAGGUGCCGCAGCUGCUUCAGCUCCACUUCACAGUCACCACUUUGAUGGAGAGAAGGUGUUUCGUGUAACACCACACAAUGAAGAGCAGGUAGAAUUCCUCAACACCUUGGCCAGCAACGUGCAGAUUGAUUUCUGGAAUCCAGAGACCAUCACACAAGUAAAACCAGAAAUGAGAGUUGACUUCCGGGUUGAAGCGGACAAGUCCUUUGAUGUUCAGAGUCUCCUGGAGCAGAGUGGAGUGGAAUAUGAAAUUCUGAUCGACAACCUGCAGACGGUACUUGAUGCUCAGUUUGACAGCAAUGUUCGUGCUACUGGACACAAUUAUGAAAAAUACAACAACUGGGAAACGAUUGCUGCUUGGACUGCUGACAUUGCUGCUCAGAACGCAAACCUUGUCUCUCGCACUCAGAUCGGGACUACAUUUCAGGGACGGCCCCUAUACCUCCUCAAGGUGGGGAAAAGUGGUUCAAACAAAAAGGCCAUCUUUAUGGAUUGUGGUUUCCAUGCAAGAGAGUGGAUCUCCCCUGCAUUCUGCCAGUGGUUUGUGAAAGAGGCUGUUAGUACCUAUGGAAGUGAUACCCUUAUGACACGACUUCUCAACAACUUGGAUUUCUACGUCCUGCCUGUCCUUAAUAUUGACGGCUAUGUCUACACCUGGACCAAUUACCGCAUGUGGAGGAAGACACGUUCCACAAACUCUGGCAGCAGUUGCAUUGGUACCGACCCCAACAGGAAUUUUAAUGCUGGGUGGUGCACAGGUAUUGGUGCUUCAAAAAAACCAUGCGAUGAGACUUAUUGUGGCAGCGCCCCUGAGUCUGAAAAGGAGACCAAGGCUCUGGCUGACUUUAUUCGUAAAAAUCUCUCCACUAUCAAGGCAUACUUGACUAUUCACUCCUAUUCCCAGAUGCUGUUGUUUCCUUAUGCUUAUACUUACUCCCUUCCAGAGAACUAUGCAGAGCUGAAUACCAUUUCUAAAGCUGCAGUUGAAGAGCUGGCUUCAUUGUAUGACACAAAAUAUACCUUUGGUGCAUCUGCUUCAACAAUCUAUCCUGCUGCUGGUGGCUCUGAUGACUGGGCUUAUAAUGAGGGUAUCAAGUACUCCUUCACCUUUGAGCUCCGUGAUAAAGGUAGAUAUGGAUUUGCACUCCCUGAAUCUCAGAUAAAGCCAACCUCUGAAGAGACUCUGAAAGCUGUUAAAUAUAUUGCCAAUUACGUCCUUGACCAUUUAUAUUAA